AUGCCUAAUCUUAUGACUGCAGUGAAAGCAACAUCAACGUUGUGUAUUUUAUGGAGUGCAUAUUUAUUUGCAAGAAUGCGGUUAUUUCCUAGACGGGACUUGGAUAUUGAAAAUGAUAUUGAUCGUAAAAAAGGAAAGUACGAGCAUAACAAUGAAUUAGAAAUUUCUCCAUCCUGUAGUAAUUAUCCUACUGAACAAUUUGAUGAUCAAAACCUAUCAUCAUUUUCACACCUGAAAGAUAGUGUAAUUAUUCGUAAUAUUGUAAAUACCUUUUACGGACUAAUCUAUGGUGUAAAGAAUAAUGAUACUGACAAUAAUUACGAUAGACUAACGAAACCCACUGAAACAGAUGUACGAAAUGUUGGAUUAAUUGAAGAAUCCACUUCAAGUGAAUUAAUUUUUUGGUAUCAAGUGAUAUCUAACUUAACUACAAAAGCUGGAUUAUCUACAAAUACCACGUACUCUACCUCUCGUAAACGUAGAAGUCGUCUACUGUCUUUCAGUAAACAUCCAAAACUCACAACAGAUUACUUACUACAGCUUUUGGUUUCAUACAGUAAGGAUCAGAAAUUUUUAAAUCUACUAUAUGAAAAUAUUAAUGUAUCAGUUGUUGAAAAAUAUAAUGAUCCACCAUCAGUGAAUCAACUUUUAUUUGAUAGAGAUUACUCGAAAAAUCGACUAUGUAAUCCUGAGAGUGAAAAAUCUAACUCAUCAUUUACAGUGAUAGACAAUGUGCCUUCUGCUCAUCCAGAAUAUCCAAUUCAUGUUUUAGUUGCUAAUUUUUUGGCAAAUAUUUCACAACAUCCAUCAAGUUGUAUUUUUAAAAAUCUUGAAAAUAUGAAUAAACUACUCGCACUUUGGGAAAUUUCUCCAAGUUUGCAUUUAAAUCUUCUUGGUGCGAAAAUUGAUCACAAUCUAAAAGUGCAUUCGAGAUUGUCAGACAAAUCAUCUUCUACAUUUCAGAAGGAAAUUAAUCAACAAAGUUGUAAUUCACCUAAUUCACUCCCCAUUUAUUGUCCAGAUGUUUAUAAAUUAAACAUUUCUAAAGAUAUCAAUGAAGAUUAUGAUUUUGAUAUUGUAUUUGUAAAUGGUAUGCUUGGUAGCGUUUUUUAUACCUGGAGGCAACAUGAUUCAGUGUUAACUAAAGAUGCAACCCAGUAUACAAAAUGUUGGCCUAGGGAUUGGCUUUCUCGUCAGUUUCCUCGAGGUCGAAUUAUUGGCGUUGAUACCUCAUUGAAACCAUUCAUUUGGCAUUCGAUUUGCCCACUUCAGAAGUUAAGACGUACUCUAGAUAAACGGGCUAUAGAUAUAAUGGAACAACUAAGAAAGGCAGAAGUUGGCAGGCGACCUAUUAUCUGGAUCACGCAUUCAGCUGGAGGUAUUCUUGUCAAAGAAAUGCUGCGAUUGGCCGGAUCGGGUAACAGUGAUAACUCCAAGCUAUCUGAAGGUGACCAUUCUCAGCCAAAUCCAUUGUCAAAUACUGGUCAUUCUAUACGUGUUUCCCGAACUUAUGGGGAUAUGUCGGUGUUGGAUGGAGAAAAUCUAGAUGGUUCUCAUCAAAACAUGAAUCGUGAAUCUCCAUAUGCUAAAGAUGGUUCUUGUGAAUGGUAUUGUCAUGAAAUUGAUGAAACUGACUCUGUAUCUAAACUUCACAACCCUAAUGUUUUCUCUGUUGAUGAAAAUAAAAACUCUGAUUUUUUUAAUACAUCCACUGAAAAUCAAUUAUUUUAUUCAUCUAGUUGUAGUCAUGCGUUGUACGAAGAUGACUGUGAUACAUCCUUAAUUAAUUUAUCCAAUGAUUCCCAGUUGAAUUCUGUAAAUUAUCAGGACUUGGCUAGUAGUACACGAGCGAUUGUAUUCAUGAGUACACCGCAUAGAGGCAAUCAAUCUUUAUUCACUUUAUAUCGUCGUCCAUUUCGUUGGGCACUUACUCCGGAAGCUAUUCAACUUGAAAGAAAUUCAAACUAUUUGUUAAAUCUACAUGUAUGGUUUAAUACGUGGGCUUAUCGUCAGUCUGUACGUGUUCUAUCCAUGGCUGAAGGUCGUGUAACACCAGUGAAUAGAUUUUGGUCCGUUUUGCUCGUACCAGAAGAUACUAGAGAUCGUGAUAUGGGUGAAUUAGUUCGUAUCGAUUCAGAUCACUUAUACAUAAGCAAACCAAUGUGUCCUAAUGAUUUAUCCUACACAAGUAUUGUUCAUUUUAUUGAAAGUCUACCAUUUACAAGUCAUUCUUAA